GCCUGUCUUCCUCUUCUUCCUCCCGAGCCUGUCUUCCUCUUCUUCCUCCCGAGCCUGUCUUCCUCUUCUUCCUCCCGAGCCUGUCUUCCUCUUCUUCCUCCCGAGCCUGUCUUUCUCUUCUUCCUCCCGAGCCUGUCUUCCUCUUCUUCCUCCCGAGCCUGUCUUCCUCUUCUUCCUCCCGAGCCUGUCUUCCUCUUCCUCCCGAGCCUGUCUUCCUCUUCUUCCUCCCGGGCCUGUCUUCCUCUUCUUCCUCCCGAGCCUGUCUUCCUAUAUAAAGAAAAAUAAUAAGAAAAGGAAAAAUAAGCGAUAAAAAAGAAACUUAACUACAGAAAGAAGAAGAAGAAACGAAAAAGAGGAAAGCUAAAGAGAGAAGAAGAAGAAGAAGCGAUAGAGAAGAGGAAGAGGAAGAAGAAGAGGAAGACCACAAGGGCGGGGUCGGGAACCAAAUCACCUUGAGGUUCCUUAUAAUUCACGCGUUUUAUGGCCUUUCCCUCGUGUGUGUGGAGUUCCUGGCUGCUCCACCUCCUCCCUUCCACCUCCUGCACACACCGGGGAGGAAGAAGAGGACGUGGAGCCCUGCCGGUGCUGGUGCAGAAGUGAGGGUCUGAGGCAGUGCUGUGCUCAGCGCUCCCUGCAUCCUCGCUGCCGCUGACUUCUGCUGCAGUGGUAGCUGCAAGGCUGGGCAGCAGCCUGAGUGGCCGGGACCAGCAGGAGCAGACUGUCUGGUGUGAAGGUCAGGGGUGAUUAGAGGAACCACCACCUUACUUAUGGCACCUCCAGCCAUAAAAGAAAGGAAAAGUUUGAGUGCAAGAAGACUUGAGACUGAGAACAGGUCCGCUAGACACAGCCUUGCACACACUGGUGAAGGAAACCAUGAGUUCCAAAAAUGUGGGAAAAGACUCCCUGGGAAGGGUGACCUCACCAAGUACACCCACACGCUCUAGAGGAAGACCUCAUGAAUGCCGUGAGUGUGGCAAAAAGUUCAGUUCGAAGUUUAACCUCAACACACACACCCUUACACACUCUGGAGAAAGGCCUCAUGAAUGUCGUGAGUGUGGCAAAAAGUUCGGUUCAAAGAGUAACCUCAAUGCACAUACCCUUACACACUCUGGAGAAAGGCCUCAUGAAUGCCGAGAGUGUGGCAAAAAGUUCGGUUCAAAGAGUAACCUCAACAAACACACCCUUACACACUCUGGAGAAAGGCCUCAUGAAUGCCGUGAGUGUGGCAAAAAGUUCAAUUUGAAGACUAGCCUCAAUGCACACAACCGUAUACACUCUGGAAAAAGGCCUCAUGAAUGCCAUGAGUGUGGCAAAAGGUUUAGUGUGAAGAGUCACCUAAAAAGACACACCCUUACCCAUACUGGUGAAAGACCUCAUGAAUGCCACGACUGUGGGAAAAAGUUUAGUGAGAAACGUAGCCUCAACAAACACACCCUUAGACACACAGGUGAAAAACCUCUUGAAUGCCGUGAGUGUGGCAAAAAGUUUCUUCAUGAUAGCAGCCUGAAAGCACACGCUUUUACUCAUACUGGUGAAAGCCCUCAUGAAUGUUAUGUGUGUGGCAACAAGUAUAUUGAGAAGAGUGGCCUCAUCAAACAUACCCUCAAACACACAGGUGAAAGACCUCAUGAAUGCCAUGAGUGUGGCAAAAGAUUUAGUGUGAAGAGUAGCCUCAUCAGACACACCCUUACACACACUGGUGAAAGACCUCAUGAAUGCCAUGAAUGUGGCAGAAGGUUUAGUACGAAGAGUAGCCUCAACGCACACACCCUUACACACACUGGUGAAAGACCUCAUGAAUGCCAUGAGUGUGGCAAAAGCUUUAUGAUUAAGUCUGAAUUGAACAAGCACAUCUUCAGACACUCUGGCCGGAGAGAGUUCAAGUGUGAUGUUUGUAAGAAACAUUUCAAGACCAAGCAGGAUAUUGCCAGACACAUGAAGGUCCACUUCCCAUGAUCUGCUGCAGUGCUGCUGUAUGUGGUGAUGGAGGGCAACACUUUGCAGCUUCUAACCAGUUCUGCCGUUCUGCCAACGGGCCUGACCACGCGGCCGGCUCCCUUGAUGCAUCACCAUAAGGUAAAGCUAGAGUCACACUGACUUUACGACCUGCUAACGACCACCUGCGACCCCAAAAUACUGCGAUUCACACCCACUGCUUCCCGACUAUAUAGGUGGCAGAGUAUACUCGUACGACUGACAGAAAGUUGAACAUUCACUAACAACACAAAGGUAGAAAUUAGAGAAUAAAGGUAAGAGAAAAAAAAGCAUUCUUGAAAA